ACGUCAUAGCUGUGAAGCGACCCCGCUGUAUAUGUGUGUGCGCGCGCGCGCGUGUGUGUGUCUGUGUGUGUGUGCGCGCUCAGUAUUUCUGUCCACCAGCAUCAGAGGCGGUGGGACUCAAUGAGUUAAAGGUGCCUUUUGUGUGUGUGUUUUUAUUUUGUUUUCUUUUUCAUUUCACGGGGUGUGUUUUUAUUUCCUCCAGUGCUGCGGUUGUCGGUUGUGAGCUGCGCCGUUAGUGCGGUCCUGGUUUGUUUAUAAAGCGGUGCUGCUGAGCGGAGAGACUGAAACGGAGCCUGUAGUCUACAUGGCCGCGCUGUUUUACAACGCGUCGCCUUUCUAGGCUUGGAGAAAAGCCCGCUUUCUCUGUGUGUGUGUGUUUUUUUUUUUUUACACCCCUCUCCUUUCCUCCCUCCUUUUUUCAUUGCAGCGACACGGGGUUAUUUCUCCAUCGCCAGCCAGCCCUGCUUCCAGUUUGCUCGGCGUUUGGAGAGCGUGGUGGCUCGGGGAACAACGGGAGCACUCUGCGCGCGCCACUCGGCGGAUUUGAUGAACCAUUCGCACAUUUCCAUUAGCAGCAGUGACAUCCAGCAAGGAGAACAUGCUGCCCACCUUACUGUUCGCCCUUGGAUUCAUUCUCACUCUGGAGGCUAUUCCUCACACCCAAGCUGUUGAAGCUCCGAAGACCUGCAGCCCCAAGCAGUUUGUGUGUAAGGACCAGGUGACGUGCAUCUCGAAAGGCUGGCGCUGUGAUGGAGAAAAGGACUGUCCUGAUGGCUCUGACGAGGCCGCCGAUAUCUGUCACCAAAGCCACGUGUCACAGUGCCCGCCCAACGAGUUUGAAUGUCGGGGCACAGACGUGUGUAUUCACCUGAGCAAGGUGUGUAACGGCAUCUCGGACUGCGUGGACGGACGCGACGAAGGCCAUCACUGUCUGGAAUUUGUGCAUAACUGCACCACUAUGGGCUGUCAGCACAGCUGCUCGAUCACCCCCUCUGGACCCAAGUGUUACUGCGGGAGCGGCUUUGAAGUCGGAGAAGAUGGCAAGAUGUGCAGAGAUUUUAACGAGUGCGCAGUGUAUGGUACUUGCAGUCAGACCUGCACUAAUACAGAUGGCUCCUACACCUGCAGCUGCGUGGAGGGCUACCUGCCUCAGCCGGACAACCGCUCUUGCAAAGCCAAGAAUGACCCGGUGGACCGUCCUCCAUACCUCCUCAUCGCCAACUCGCAGAACAUCCAGGCCACGUCUUUGAAUGGUGCCAACCCUGUCUCUGUAAGCACGCGCAAGACCACAGCCAUGGACUUCAUCUAUGCUGAGGAAACUGUGUGCUGGAUCCACGUUGGUGAUGCGCCAAGUGCCACCAUGCUCAAGUGUGCCAGAUUCCCUAACGCCAAGGGCUUCACCGAAGAGAAAACUGUUAACAUCUCCCUGAGUCUGCAUCAUGUGGAGCAGAUGGCCAUUGACUGGCUGACCGGAAACUUCUACUUCGUGGAUGAUGUAGACGAACGCAUCUUUGUGUGCACGAAAGAUGGAGCCACUUGCGUCAUCUUGCUGGACCUGGAGCUUUACAACCCCAAAGGCAUUGUGCUGGACCCAACCAUGGGGAAGAUGUUCUUCACCGACUACGGGCAGAUCCCCAAGGUGGAGCGCUGCGACAUGGACGGGCAGAACCGCACCAAGCUGGUGGACAGCAAGAUCGUCUUCCCUCACGGCAUCACGCUGGACCUGGUCAACAGGCUGGUGUACUGGGCCGACGCGUACCUGGACUACAUCGAAGUGGUGGACUACGAGGGCAAGAACCGACACACCAUCAUUCAGGGCCUGCUGAUUGAACACCUGUACAGUCUGACCGUGUUCGAGAACUACCUGUACGCAACCAACUCGGACAACGGUAACAUACAGCCCAAGACCAGCGUCAUCCGCGUCAACCGCUUCAACAGCUCGGAUUUCCAGGUGGUGACGCGAGUGGAUAAAGGUGGAGCCCUGCACGUGUACCACCAGAGACGCCAGCCUGCGGUGCGCAGUCACGCCUGCGCUCCUGAUCAGUUCGGCAAACCCGGAGGCUGUUCCGAUAUCUGUCUGCUAGCCAACAGCCACAAGAUCCGCACGUGCCGCUGCCGCUCCGGAUUCAGCCUGGGCAGCGACGGCAAGUCCUGCAAGAAACCGGAGCACGAGCUCUUCCUGGUGUAUGGUAAAGGUCGGCCCGGGGUCAUUCGUGGCAUGGACCUGCAUGCACGUGUGUAUGACGAGCACAUCAUUCCUAUCGAGAACCUGAACAACCCCAGGGCUUUGGACUUCCACGCCGAGACAGAGUUCAUCUACUUCAGCGACGCCACCACGUACACCAUCGGCCGGCAGAAAAUCGACGGCACCGAACGGGACAUCAUCGUAAAGAGCGGAAUCCACACUGUCGAGGGCAUAGCAGUGGACUGGAUGGGUCAGAACCUGUACUGGACAGAUGAUGGACCUGAGAAGACCAUCAGUGUGGCCAAGCUGGAGAAAGCCUCCCAGACACGCAAGACUCUCAUUGAGGGCAAGAUGACCCACCCACGAGCCAUAGUGGUGGACCCGGCACACGGUAUGAUGUACUGGAGCGACUGGCAGGAAGACUCGAGAGAUGCCAACCGAGGCAGCAUAAGGAAGGCGUGGAUGGACGGCUCCAACUCCGGCAUCCUCAUCACCUCCAAAAACAUGCUGUGGCCCAACGGCCUGAGUCUGGACGUCGAGCAGGACGUGCUUUACUGGGUGGACGCCUAUUACGACCGCAUCGAGAUGGUGUUGCUCAACACCACUGAGCGCAGGACGGUGUAUGAGGGGCAUGAGCUGAGCCACCCCUUUGGCCUUUGCCACUAUAAGAACUUCUUGUUCUGGAAUGAGUACCGCAUCGGAGGCAUUUAUAAGCUGGACAUGACGACUAAGAAGGUGACUCUGCUGAGGAGCGAGAGGCCGCCCAUCUACGAGAUCCGCACCUACGACGCCCAGCAGCAACAAACACCAGGCCAUAAUCCAUGCAGGGCCAAUAGCGGUGGCUGCAGCAGUCUAUGCUUGCUCACACCAGGAGGUCGUACCUGUGCUUGUGCAGAUGACCAGAUUUUGGACCUUGACAACAAGACCUGUAAAGCCAAUCCGUCCUACAUCCCCCCGCCUCAGUGCCAGCCCGGAGAGUUCGCCUGCAAGAACAACCGCUGCAUCCAGGAACGCUGGAAGUGUGACGGAGACAACGACUGCUUGGACAACAGCGACGAGGCACCGGAGCUCUGCCACCAGCACACUUGCCCUGCCGAUCGCUUCAAGUGCCAGAACAACCGCUGCAUCCCCAUGCGCUGGCUCUGCGACGGAGAUAAUGACUGCGGCAACAACGAGGACGAGUCCAACACCACCUGCUCAGCUCGUACAUGUCCUCCGAACCAGCACCCAUGUGCCAGCGGACGCUGCAUCCCUAAAACCUGGACGUGUGACCUGGACGAUGACUGCGGGGAUCGCUCGGAUGAACCAGCGUCCUGUGCCUACCCAACUUGUUUCCCACAAACCCAGUUCACAUGUGCCAAUGGGCGCUGCAUCAACGUUAACUGGCGUUGUGAUAAUGAUAAUGACUGUGGAGACAACAGCGAUGAAGCAGGCUGCAGUCACUCCUGUUCGAGCGUGCAGUUCAAGUGCAACAGCGGCCGCUGCAUCCCAGAGUACUGGACCUGUGACGGAGACAACGACUGCGGCGACAACAGUGACGAGAAGAGCGCCAACUGCACCAACCAGGCCACACGUCCCCCUGGAGGCUGCCACUCGGACGAGUUUCAGUGCCGCUUGGACGGCCUGUGUAUCCCCAUGCGCUGGCGCUGUGACGGUGAAAACGACUGCAUAGACGACACCGACGAGAAGCACUGCGAGGGCGUCACACACACAUGCAACCCGUCUGCGCAGUUCGCGUGCAGGGACUCGGCGAGGUGUAUCAGUAAAGCGUGGGUGUGUGAUGGAGACAGCGACUGUGAGGAUAACUCGGAUGAAGAUAAUUGCGAGGCGUUGUUGUGUAAACUCUCGCACCACGUAUGUGCCAACAACGAUUCGAUCUGCCUACCUGCAGAAAAGCUGUGCGAUGGCAAGGACGACUGUCCCGACGGCUCAGACGAGAAACUCUGCGACCUGUGCUCGUUGGAGAACGGCGGCUGUAGCCAUAACUGCACCAUCGCCCCCGGGGAGGGCAUCCUGUGCUCCUGCCCGACUGGCAUGGAGCUCGGCUCUGAUAACAAGACCUGCCAGAUCCAGAGCUUCUGCGCCAAGCACCUGAAGUGUAGUCAGCGCUGCAUCCAGGAGAAAGCCACCGUCAAGUGUGCCUGCUACGAGGGCUGGGCUCUGGAACCUGACAAUGAGAGCUGCAAGAGCACGGACCCUUUCAAGCCCUUCAUUAUUUUCUCCAACCGGCACGAGAUCCGUCGCAUCGACCUGUAUAAGGGUGAGUUCAGUGUGCUGGUGCCCAGCCUGAGGAACACCAUCGCCCUGGACUUCCACCUCAACCAGAGCUCCCUCUACUGGACCGACGUGGUGGAGGACAAGAUCUAUCGUGGCAAACUGUCUGAAAAUGGAGCCCUGACCAGUUUUGAGGUGGUGAUCCAGUAUGGUUUGGCCACUCCAGAGGGUCUGGCUGUGGACUGGAUCGCCGGAAACAUCUACUGGGUGGAGAGCAAUUUGGACCAGAUCGAGGUGGCCAAGCUUGACGGCACCAUGCGCACAACGCUCCUCGCUGGAGAAGUGGAGCAUCCACGAGCCAUCGCCCUUGACCCACGUGACGGUAUCUUGUUCUGGACAGACUGGGACGCCAGUUCUCCUCGAAUCGAGGCUGCUUCCAUGAGUGGCGAUGGCCGGCGUACAAUUCACAGAGAAACAGGAAGUGGAGGGUGGCCUAACGGGCUCACCGUUGACUACCUGGAGCGCCGUAUUCUCUGGAUUGACGCUCGGUCUGAUGCCAUCUACUCCGCUGCUUACGAUGGUUCCGGCCUGAUCGAGGUGCUGCGGGGACACGAGUACCUGUCGCACCCGUUCGCCGUCACCAUGUACGGGGGCGAGGUUUACUGGACGGACUGGCGCACUAACACACUGGCUAAAGCCAACAAGUGGACGGGGCACAAUGUUAUGGUGGUACAGAGGACCAACACACAGCCGUUUGACCUGCAGGUCUAUCAUCCAUCCAGACAGCCUCAGGCUCCAAACCCCUGUGCCGCUAAUAGCGGGAAGGGCCCAUGCUCUCACCUCUGCCUCAUCAACUACAACCAGACGUUCUCCUGCGCCUGUCCCCACCUCAUGAAGCUGCAGGCGGACAAACACACCUGCUAUGAGUCUCGGCAGUUCUUACUCUACGCCCGCCAGAUCGAGAUUAGAGGAGUGGACAUCGAGAAUCCCUAUUACAACUACAUCAUCUCCUUCACCGUGCCCGUGAUUGAUAACGUAACCGCACUGGAUUAUGAUGCCCAGGAGCAGCGCAUCUACUGGUCCGAUGUUCGCACGCAGAUGAUCAAACGAGCCUUCAUUAACGGGACAGGGGUGGAGACGGUGGUGUCGGCCGAUAUACCUAACGCUCAAGGCUUGGCUGUAGACUGGGUGUCCAGGAACCUGUUCUGGACCAGCUAUGAUACGAGCAAGAAGCAGAUCAAUGUGGCCCGUCUGGAUGGCUCCUUUAAGAACUCUGUCAUCCACGGACUGGACAAACCACACUGCCUGGUGGUACAUCCCAUGCUUGGAAAGCUCUACUGGACAGACGGGGACAACAUCAGCAUGGCCAACACAGAUGGGAGCAACCGCUCGUUACUCUUCACCAAUCAGAAAGGCCCCGUGGGGCUCUCUAUUGACUUUGAUGAGGGGAAGCUCUACUGGAUCAGUUCAGGCAACAGCACAAUAAAUCGCUGCAAUCUGGACGGCACAGGCCUGGAGAUCAUUGAAGGUGUAAAAGGCAAGCUCACCAGAGCCACCGCUCUCGCCAUUAUGGGGGACAAGCUGUGGUGGGCAGACCAGGGCACAGACCAGGUAGGCACCUGUGACAAGAAGGACGGAGGCAACUGGAAAGUUCUGAGGAAUGGCACGUCUCCAGUGAUGCAUCUGAAGAUCUACAAUGAGACGGUCCAACAGAAAGGUACAAACGUGUGCACUAAGAACAACGGUGACUGUUCUCAGCUUUGCUUGCCUACCUCACCCACCAGCAGAGCCUGCAUGUGCACAGCAGGCUACAACCUGAAGAGCGGCCAGCAGUCCUGUGAAGGUAUGGGCUCUUUCUUGCUGUACUCGGUGCAUGAAGGCAUCCGCGGAAUUCCUCUGGACCCAGUCGACAAAUCUGACGCCCUUGUGCCAGUGUCGGGAACGUCUCUGGCAGUGGGCAUCGACUUUCAUGCCGAAAACGACACCAUCUACUGGGUGGACAUGGGUCUUAGCACCAUCAGCCGAGCCAAAAGAGACCAGACGUGGAGAGAAGACGUGGUUACUAAUGGCAUUGGGCGUGUGGAGGGCAUUGCUGUUGACUGGAUCGCAGGGAACAUCUACUGGACCGACCAAGGCUUCGACAUGAUUGAGGUGGCCAGACUCAAUGGCUCCUUCCGCUACGUAGUCAUCUCUCAUGGUCUGGACAAACCCCGCGCCAUUGCCGUCCAUCCAGAGAGAGGGUACCUCUUCUGGACCGAGUGGGGUCAGUACCCACGCAUAGAGAGGUCUCAGCUGGACGGUUCAGAAAGAGUAGUCCUGGUCAAUGUCAGUAUCAGCUGGCCCAAUGGCAUCUCCAUUGAUUAUGAGGAAGGACUGCUCUACUGGUGUGACGCACGUACAGACAAAAUCGAGCGUAUUAAUCUGGAGACAGGCGGGAACCGGGAGCUGGUUCUGGCAGUUCACAACAUGGACAUGUUUGCCGUGUCUGUGUUUGAGAACUACAUCUACUGGAGUGACAGAACACACGCCAAUGGCUCCAUUAAGAGAGGAAAUAAGAACAAUGCCACCGAUAUGGUGUAUCUAAGAAAAGGCAUUGGUGUGCAGCUCAAGGAUAUUAAAGUCUUCAACCGAGCCAGGCAGCAAGGCACCAACAUCUGUAAGGACAAAAACGGUGGUUGUGAGCAGCUAUGUCUAUACCGUGGCAACGGAGCGCGCACCUGCGCGUGUGCCCAUGGCACGCUGGCCGAAGACGGGCGCAGCUGCCGCGACUACGACGGCUACCUGCUUUACUCUGAGCGCACCAUCCUGAAGAGCAUUCACCUGUCGGACGAAACCAACCUCAAUGCACCCAUCAAGCCUUUCGAGGACCCAGAUCACAUGAGAAAUGUCAUUGCUCUCACCUUCGACCACAGGGGCGGCGGCGGUAGAGGAGCCAACCGGAUCUUCUAUAGUGAUAUCCACUUCGGGAACAUUCAGCAGAUCAACGACGACGGCUCAGCACGCAAGACCAUUGUUGAAAAUGUGGGCUCUGUGGAGGGCUUGGCAUAUCACAGGGGUUGGGACACUCUCUACUGGACCAGCUACACCACCUCCACCAUUACUCGCCACACAGUGGACCAGACCCGCAGCGGCGCCUUCAACAGGGACACGGUGGUCACCAUGUCUGGAGAUGACCACCCCAGAGCCUUUGCUCUAGACGAGUGCCAAGGGUUGAUGUUCUGGACGAACUGGAACGAGCUGGCUCCCAGCAUCAUGCGGUCAUCUCUGUCUGGGGCUAACGUGCUGGUGAUUGUGGGUAACAGCAUCCGCACGCCCAACGGCCUCGCUAUAGACCAUCGUGCUGAGAAGCUUUAUUUCUCUGAUGCCACGCUGGAUAAGAUCGAACGCUGCGAGUACGACGGCAGCAACCGCUUUGUGGUCUUGAAGAACGCGCCCGUGCACCCGUUUGGCCUGGCUGUGUAUGGCGAGUACAUCUUCUGGACAGACUGGGUGCGCAGGGCUGUGCUCAGAGCGGAUAAAUUCGGCAGAGAUAUGAAAGUGCUGCGUGCCGACAUUCCCCAGCAGCCCAUGGGCAUCAUCGCCGUGGCCAAGGACACCAACAGCUGUGAGUUCUCUCCAUGUCACACCAAUAACGGUGGCUGUGAGGAUCUGUGUCUGCUCACCUCCGAGGGCCGGGUCAACUGCAGCUGCCGCGGAGACCGCAAGCUAGUGGAGGGCAACGUGUGUGUCGCUGAGAACACCACAUGCAACAGCGUGGAUGAGUUUGAGUGUGGGAAUGGCGACUGCAUCAAUUACAGCCUGACAUGCGACGGUCGAGCUCACUGCAAAGACAAAUCCGACGAGAAGCCGUCCUACUGCUCUAAUCGCGGCUGUAAGAAGGGUUACCGGCGCUGCCUCAACGGACGCUGCAUCAAGCACAGCUCCUGGUGCGACGGCACAGAUGACUGCGGAGACCGCUCAGACGAGCGUCCCUGCAACAUGACCCUGUGCAAUGCGUCGGAGUUCCAGUGUAAGGACGGUUCCUGCGUCUCCAACUCGAGCCGCUGUAACCAGGUGGUAGACUGUGAGGAUGCCAGUGAUGAAAUGAAUUGCAGCCCAACAGAUUGCUUGAGCUUCUACCUGUUAGGAGUUAAAGGUGUGACCUUCCAGAAAUGCGAAUACACCACACUGUGCUACGCACCUUCUUGGCAGUGCGACGGCUCAAACGACUGCGGAGACUUUUCCGAUGAGAGGAACUGCCCAGAGAAGAGGAAGCUGAAAUGUCCUGUGAACUUCUUCGCCUGUCCCAGCGGCCGUUGCAUUCCCAUGAGCUGGACUUGCGACAAAGAGAAUGACUGUGAAAACGGAACAGACGAGACGCAUUGCGAUAAGUUUUGCUCGCCAACGCAGUUCGAGUGUGGGAAUCACCGCUGUAUCUCCAGCUCCUGGGUGUGUGACGGCACCGAUGACUGUGGAGAUGGCACAGACGAGGGCAGCCGAUGCAAUUCGAAGACGUGCAGUCCCGAAGCCUUCCACUGCCCCGGCUCCCACUGUGUGCCCCAGCGCUGGAAGUGUGACGGGGAUAAAGACUGUCCAGAUGGAGCUGAUGAGGGUGUGCAGGCUGGCUGCACGAACAAUAAGACCUGCGAUGACACGGAGUUCCAGUGCCAGAAUAAGCAGUGCAUCCCCAAGCAUUUCGUCUGCGAUCACGACUUGGAUUGCCGUGACGGUUCUGACGAGUCUCUCGAAUGUGAGUACCCCACUUGUGCUCCCAACGAUUUCCGCUGUGAUAAUGGCCAGUGUCUAAAGCAGAAGAACUGGGAGUGUGAUGGCGAGUUUGAUUGUCAUGACCACUCGGACGAAGCCCCCGGUAACCUCCGCUGCACCGAGCCAGAGAAGCGCUGUAAUGACUCUGAACAUCUGUGCAACAACGGGAAGUGUGUGAGCGAGGAUGCGUUGUGUGACUGGAAAGACGACUGCGGCGAUGGCUCAGACGAGCACAACUGCUUCGUCAACGAGUGUCUCAACGGCAAGCUCAGUGGCUGCACACAGCUCUGUGAGGACCUCAAGAUUGGAUACAAGUGUCGCUGUGAGCCUGGAUUCCGUCUGAAAAAGGAUGGCAAGACAUGUAUGGAUGUGGACGAGUGCACCACCACGUACCCUUGCUCUCAGCGCUGCGUCAACAGCCAUGGCAGCUUCCACUGCUUCUGCGUGGAAGGUUAUGCGGUGCAUGCUAACGACUCAACACGCUGCAAGUCCUCUUCCGAAGAGGAGGCUUAUCUGCUCUUUGCUAACCGCUACUACUUGAGGAAGCUCAACCUAGAUGGCAGCAACUACACCCUGAUCAAACAGGGUUUGAACAACGCCGUGGCACUGGACUAUCACUAUGCAGAGCAGAUGAUCUACUGGACAGACGUGACCACGCAGGGCAGCAUGAUCCGCCGCAUGCACAUGAACGGCAGUAACGUCGAGGUGCUGCACCGGACAUCCCUGAGCAAUCCGGACGGUCUGGCGGUGGACUGGGUCGGGGGCAACCUCUACUGGUGCGAUAAGGGCCGAGACACCAUUGAGGUUUCCAAGCUGAAUGGGGCUUACAGGAGCAUGCUGGUCAACAGCGGUCUGAGGGAGCCUCGAGCUGUGACUGUGGACGUGCGCAAUGGUUAUCUGUACUGGUCAGACUGGGGAGACGUGCCUCACAUCGGCCGUAUCGGGAUGGACGGCACGGACCGCAGCAUCAUCGUCAAGGAUAAGAUCACAUGGCCCAACGGCCUCACGCUGGACUUCAUCAACGACCGCAUCUACUGGGCCGACGCUCGCGAGGACUACAUCGCCUUCGCUAGCCUCGACGGCUCCAACAGGCACAUUGUGCUGAAUCACGACAUCCCACACAUCUUCGCCAUGACUCUGUUUGAGGAUUACAUCUACUGGACCGACUGGGAGACCAAGUCCAUCAACAGAGCUCACAAAACACUGGGUACCAACAAGACCAUGCUGAUCAGCACACUGCACAGGCCUAUGGAUAUCCACAUCUACCAUCCCUACAGACAGCCUGCCGUGGAGACUCACCCGUGUCAGGUGGAUAAUGGAGGCUGCAGUAACUUGUGUUUGCUGUCCCCUGGAGGAGGUUACAAGUGCGCCUGUCCCACUAACUUCUACCUGGCUGCAGAUGGAAAACAGUGCCUGUCUAACUGCACGGCUAGCCAGUUUGUGUGUAAGAAUGAUAAGUGCAUCCCCUUCUGGUGGAAGUGCGACACUGAAGACGACUGCGGAGAUCGCUCAGACGAACCUGCUGACUGUCCGGAGUUUAAAUGUCGGCCGGGACAGUUCCAGUGUGGCACAGGCAUCUGCACAAACCCCGCCUACAUCUGUGAUGGAGACAACGACUGCCAGGACAACUCGGAUGAGGCCAACUGCGACAUCCAUGUGUGCCUGCCCAGCCAGUUCAAGUGCUCGCACCCGAGCCGCUGCAUUCCCGGAAUUUUCCGCUGCAACGGCCAGAACAACUGCGGUCAAGGAGAAGAUGAGAAAGAUUGCCCCGAGGUGACGUGUGCACCCAACCAGUUCCAAUGUGUCAUCACUAAGCGCUGCAUUCCCCGUGUCUGGAUGUGUGACCGUGACAACGACUGUGUGGACGGCUCUGACGAACCAGCCAACUGCACUCAGAUGACGUGCGGUGUGGACGAGUUCCGCUGUAAGGACUCGGGUCGCUGCAUCCCUGCACGUUGGAAGUGCGACGGUGAGGACGACUGCGGCGACGGCUCGGAUGAGCCCAAGGAGGAGUGCGAUGAGAGAACGUGUGAGCCUUAUCAGUUCCGCUGCAAGAACAACCGCUGCGUCCCGGGCCGCUGGCAGUGCGACUACGACAACGACUGCGGCGACAACUCCGAUGAGGAGAAGUGCGUGCCGCGUCAGUGCUCGGAGAGCGAGUUCGCCUGCACCAAUGGGCGCUGCAUUGCUGGACGAUGGAAAUGCGACGGCGACCAUGACUGCGCUGACGGCUCUGACGAGCAUGGCUGUGCUCUAAAGUGUGAUGCCGACCAGUUCCAGUGUAAAAAUGGCCACUGCAUCCCAUUGCGCUGGCGCUGCGACGCUGACGCUGACUGCAUGGAUGGCAGCGAUGAAGAGAGGUGUCAUGACACAGUAGAGCGUCUCUGCCCCAACGACGAGUUCCAGUGUAACAACACUCUGUGCAAGCCGCUGGCCUGGAAGUGCGACGGCGAGGACGACUGCGGCGAUAACUCUGAUGAAAACCCCGAAGAGUGCCGGAAGUUCCUGUGUCCGCCCACCAGAAACUUCCGCUGCCUGAACGAUCGCGUGUGUCUUUGGAGCGGCAAACGCUGUGACGGUAUCAACCACUGCGGAGACAACUCGGACGAGACGAACUGCGAUGAGAAGGCGAGCAAGUGCGGCAAGGACAAGUUCCAGUGCAGCAACGGCAAGUGCAUUAGCUCCACCCUGCGCUGCAACUAUUUCAACGACUGCGAGGACUACGGCUCUGAUGAGAUCGGCUGCAAGACAGACACUAUGCUGAACGACUGUAAGAGUAACAGGUCUCUGUGCGGAGAGACGGAAGAGGUUCACUGUACGACGAACGGCACCGACUCGUUCUGCUCCUGCAAACCCGGCUUCGAGAACAACGGCUUCGGCAACUGCCAAGAUAAGAACGAGUGCAGACAGUUUGGCGUGUGCUCUCAGAUCUGUAACAACACCAAGGGCUCUUACAAGUGCAGCUGCCACAAGUACUUCACCAAGAUCAGCGACACCUGCAAGGCUGACAGUUUGAAUAUCAACAGGCAGGUGCUCUACAUCGCCGAUGAUAACGAGAUCCGCAGUCUGGACCCGGGCAUGCCCAACUGGGUGUACGAGCAGACCUUCCAGGGCGACGCCAACGUGCGCAUCGACGCCAUGGACCUGCACAUCAAGACCAACCGCAUCUUCUGGACCAACUGGCACACCAGCGGCAUCUCCUCCUUCCAGCUGCCCUCCACUUCCUCGUCUUCGUCUUCCGGCACCUCGUCCAACUCUCACCGGAACACGCGGCAGAGCGAGGGAACAGUCGCCAACCUCGCGAUCCCAGGUCUGAAGACACCCAGAGGCAUUGCUGUGGACUGGGUGGCCGGGAACCUGUACUGGACAGACUCGGGCCGAGAUGUCAUCGAGGUGGCCCAGAUCACCGGCCAAAACAGGAAGACGCUGAUCUCGGGCAUGAUCGAUGAGCCCUAUGCCAUUGUUGUGGAUCCACCAAGAGGGACCAUGUACUGGGCGGACUGGGGAAAUCACCCCAAAAUUGAGACCGCAGCCAUGGACGGCACUCUGAGGCAGACGCUGGUGCACGAGAACCUGCAGUGGCCCACAGGUCUGGCAGUGGACUACUUCAACGAGCGCCUGUACUGGGCCGAUGCUAAACUGUCUGUGAUCGGCAGCGUGCGUCUGGAUGGCACAGACCCCGUGGUGGCCGUGUCCAACGUCAAAAACAAUCUACUCCACCCGUUCAGCAUCGAUAUCUUUGAGGACUACAUCUACGGCGUCACCUACAUCAACAACUUCGUGUUCCGCGUCAACAAAUUCGGCAGAGGCACAAUGGAGAACCUGACCACAGGCAUCAAUCACGCCACUGACAUAGUGCUCUACCACCGCUACAAACAGCCCGAGAUGGCGAACCCAUGCGACAGGAAGAAGUGUGAAUGGCUGUGUUUGCUCAGCCCCAGUGGUCCGGUGUGUACCUGCCCUAACGACCGUGUGGCUGAUAAUGGCACGUGUGUGGAACUUCCUCCAGCCACUCAGGCCCCCGUCACCCCUACGUGUAAUGUUCAGUGUCUGAAUGGAGGCAGUUGUUUCCUGAACGCUCGCAGUCAGCCCAAGUGCCGCUGCCCCACCAGCUACAGUGGUGAGAGGUGUGAGAUUGACCAGUGCAGAGACUACUGCAAGAACGGAGGAACCUGUUCUCCGUCGCGCACCGGUGCUCCGACGUGCCGCUGCCCGACAGGCUUCACUGGGCCCAACUGUAACCAGAACACGUGCAAAGACUACUGCCAGAACGGAGGCAGCUGCACUGUGAGCCUAGGGAACCAGCCCAUGUGCCAGUGCCUCGACAGCUUCCUGGGAGAUCAGUGCCAGUACAGCCACUGUGAGGGUUUCUGUGAUAACGGUGGAACCUGCCUGGAGACGGCGAACGGCACCAAGCAAUGCCGCUGUCCCUCGAAGUUCCUCGGCCCCACCUGCAGCCUGGACAAGUGCAUGUACUGCGGCCAAGGCAAAUGUGUUCCUCAUCCCACUGAUGGAGUGGUCUGCAGCUGCGCUAAUGACCGGACACUGCCCAGCUGCUACAGCUGCAGAGACUUCUGCAUUAACGGCCAGUGUUUCUUAGACCAGCGAACCAUGCUCCCGUAUUGCAAGUGUCCUUCAGGAUGGAUUGGCUAUCGCUGUGAGCUCACUGCUUCUUCUGCAGGCUCAGGAGACUCCUCUGGCAACGCCCUCUCCGUGAUCAUCCCAGUGCUGCUGCUGCUGUUACUGGCACUGCUGCUGGUUGGCGCCAUCUUGUGGUAUAAGAAGAGAAUGCGUGGUGCUAAGGGAUUCCAGCACCAGAGGAUGACCAAUGGGGCUAUGAAUGUAGAAAUCGGGAACCCUGCAUAUAAGAUCUACGAGGGAGAGCCUGACGACGACGCCGGAGAGCUGCUAGACUCGGACUUCACUCUGGACCCAGACAAGCCCACAAACUUUACCAACCCGGUGUAUGCUACGCUCUACAUGGGCGCCCACAACAGUCGCAACUCUCUGGCCAGCACGGACGAGAAGAAAGAGCUGCUGUCUGCAGGGGACGAGGACAUGGGCGACCCGCUGGCGUAGAGCUGCCUGCACCAAGCUGCGCCACUGGUGUCUGCCCACCCACAGACCCCCCCCCCCAUGCCUUUACAAUAGCGGAAGAAAAGCAACAAGAGAGCGAGAACACUGUACAAAAUGUAAAAAAAAAAAAAACAAGAAAAAACACAAAAAAAAAAUAAUGAAGGACUACUUUUGUAUGUGAUUGCAGUAUUAUAUUUUAUUCUUUUGGUCAGAAAAAAAGGAAAA